AUGUUGAUUCGGUUCUGGCUGCCAUUGGAAGUUUUGGUGAAGCCGAUCAUCGCGUUGUUCUUGGAGGCCACCUUCGAAUUUCCUCAGAAGUCACUCUACAAGGAGAAUACACGAAUUGACCGAUUUCUGAGGAGAACCAAGAAUUUAUACCAGCUCGUUUCCAACUGCGAUACGGUGAGAUCAAAUCGCUGGAAGGGCUCUGUCGAGCAGUACCUAAUUUCUGUGAAAUAA